UGCAGACUCACAGGUUUCCAGGCCCCGCCCCGCGUGCUGGAGGCCCGGAACCCGGGCGCCCUGAGCUCGGUGCCCACCGCCCCCGGGCCACCGCGCCCCCGCCCCGGUCGGGCCCAGAGCACGGAGGGCGGCGAGCAGCGGCGGGGCCCAGUGGGGCCUGGGAGGCGGGGCGGCCGGCGGGGGCGGAGCGGCGCCGGGGCCCGUGCGCCCGCCCCACCUCGCUCGCGGCCGGCCGGCUGGCGCGGCCAUGGAGGUCUACAUCCCGUCCUUUCGCUACGAGGAGAGCGACCUGGAGCGGGGAUACACGGUGUUUAAGAUAGAAGUGUUCAUGAAUGGAAGAAAACAUUUUGUGGAGAAAAGGUACAGCGAAUUUCAUGCCCUGCACAAAAAGCUUAAGAAAUGUAUAAAAACUCCAGAAAUGCCUUCUAAACACGUCAGGAACUGGGUCCCAAAAGUCUUGGAACAACGGCGACAAGGUUUGGAAACAUAUUUACAGGCUGUCAUUUUGGAAAAUGAAGAACUGCCCAAGCUCUUUCUUGAUUUCCUCAACGUGCGACACUUGCCCUCUCUACCGAAGGCAGAGAGUUGUGGGUCUUUUGAUGAGACUGAAUCUGAAGAGUCCAGCAAACUGUCCCACCAGCCCGUGCUGCUGUUCCUCAGGGAUCCAUACGUCUUGCCUGCAGCCAGCGAUUGUCCAAAUGUGGUUAUUGAAGGUGUUCUCCACGGGAUAUUUUAUCCUCAUCUGCAGCCCAGGUAGAAAUCCUGCAUGACUGGAAGCAGCAAGUUUCGAAGUCGAGGAAAUCGAUAUCUACCGAAUUAACCUAAACUUGAUGACAUAACAGAUCCAGCUCCUGGUAAAAACUCACAGUCCCAGCUUAAUUCAGGGCAGGGACAUUUCUAUUGGAAACGGUGCCUUUAAAAAUAGAAAUGGAACCUGGGCUGCCCAGGUGAAGGCCAAGUGUUUAGGAAGUAGGAUGUAGCUGCCAAUUUAGAAGCCCAGGGAAAGGUGAGAAAAGAUUCCAGGGAGCAGCAAGUGGGGUAAUAAGCUCGCUCUCUGCUUCUCUCAUGCCACUUGCUAAUUUAAAGAAAGAAAAAAAGAAAGAAAGAAGAUCAACAACCUUGCUCCAAAUAGCACUGAAACUGAUCAACUUUGGUAGGGUUUCUUUGGUUUGGAAUUUUGGACACAUUCAUUGUCUCAUCAGGAGAUUUUUCUCAACCAGUGAUGGACGUGUUCUGAAAUGCUGGCACUGGGUGAACGUCAGAGAAACACACUGUACUCAAUGUGAGAGAGGAAGUAAACUGGAAAUUGAACUGAGCUGACAAUACCAGGGCUUUAAUCAUGGCGCUUGUAUACCUUAUUGUGGCGUCAUACCAACUUCCAGAGCUUGCUUUUCCUGUAUAAAUGAUAAAAUGUGCUAUUAAGAUCUUUCUUAGGGGCCAGAGAAGUGGCUAGGGUGAAAGCAUGCCUUACAUGCCUGAAGCCCUGGAUUCAAUCCCCAGUGACACAGAAAGUGGCAGAGUGAUGCUCUGGCCUCUUCCUCAUUGAAAUGCAGCAUACGCAUUACCGUGCACAAGUCCUCGGGUUCAUAUCCUUGGUCCCUACCUGCAGGGAGAAAGUUUCACAGGCGGUGAAGCAGUGCUGCAGGUCUCCCGUCUCUAUCUCCAUCUCCAUCUCUGUCUAUCUCCUACUUCCUCUCAAUCUCUCUGUUUCUGUCCAAUUUAAAAAAUAAUAAUUAAAAAAAACACACUAGGGGAUGGAUGGUGGCACAUUUAGUAGAGCAUACACAUUACAGUGUAUAAGGCCCCAGAUUGAAGCUCCUGAUGGAGGGAAGACUUCACAAUCGGUGAUGUAGUGCUGCAGGGUCUCUCUCUUCCUUCUUCCUUCUCUGUUGCCUCCUUCUCAGUUUCUCUCUGUCUCUAUAAGAUAGGAAGGGAGAAAGAAAUGAGAGAAAGAAAGAAAUAAAGAGAAAGAAAGAAAGAAGGAAAGAAAGAAAGAAAGAAAGAAAGGGAAGGAAAGAAAGAAAGAAAUACUUUAAAAAAUGUAAAUGAUUGUCCUUGAAAGCCAUUGGAAAGACACCACAUUGGAAAUGUCUACCUAUGACUGGCUUUUCUUCCAGUGGUGAAAGACUGUGUCUGUAAAGUUGUCGGUGUUUGUCCAGACCCCAUUCUGUAUGGAAAAACACAUACUUUUAAACACUACUAUCACCGUGAGCUCUGCAAGGUGUGUGCCCUUGAAGAGGCAGAUGUGAACUGACAGCGAUGGAGCCAAAGCCAGAUGACAGCACUACCUGUCUGGACUGACUCAAGGGUGUCCACUCACUUGAGCAUGUGUUGUUGCAGUGGGAGUGUCCAUCCAUGACCUCCCUCACCGUUUUGCUGACCUCAUAUAUGGAAUGAAUUAGAUUCAAUGAAUUUGUGAUAGAACUCCCCUGAAUAAUAAAGAUCAAGAGCAUAUCUGCAA